AUGUUUCAAUCUAAAAAGGUUUUUGAGUUUUGUUCGGUGAUUUGGAAAUUGGGUACUGCCAUGAAUGGUGCUUGGGACUUGCCUGCUAAUCCUACUCCGGUGGAAGAAAUUAAAUUUAAUCUGUGCCAAGAAAUCUUAGGUUAUAAAUUAACUAAUAAUCUCACUCGGGAGCAAGUUGCUGAAAGAAUUCAAUUAAACAAAAAUAAAACCGAGGAUAUUCUUUUUUGCCGCCUGAACAAGUUUAGUUUGGAUAGUCUAACUAAUGCUGCUAGCAAAUUAUUCGCUCCUGACCGAAUAAAAAUCGUGGUUGAAGUCAACAAAACACAUGCCCGAACUAUUUAA